AAUGCAACACGAUUAUGCCAAAAUGGGGUGUGGUGGAACUACUCAGACUAUACUAACUGCUCGGAGCGCAUCCCCUCCACGUCGCUGACUGACGUCACAAGCCACAUUUACCUAGCCGGAUACUCGCUCAGCCUGGCCGUGUUGUCGCUUGCCGUCUUCGUAUUUUUAUACUUCAAGGACCUAAGAUGUCUAAGGAACACAAUACAUACGAACCUUAUGACAACCUACAUUCUGUCGGCGUGUAGUUGGAUCAUAAAUUUAGCUUUACAAAACUGGUCAGAGGAGUCUCACCCGGAUCAAACUUCGUGCAUGAUCAUGAUAAUAUGCAUGCACUACUUCUACCUCACCAACUUCUUCUGGAUGCUUGUUGAAGGCCUUUAUUUAUAUAUGCUGGUUGUGGAAACAUUCACAGCCGAAAACAUCAAGCUCAAAGUGUACAUCACAAUCGGUUGGGGAGCACCAGGCAUCUUUAUCACGAUAUGGGUGAUAUGCAGAUGUUUCGUCCCUUCAGAAGUGGAAGGGACGAUCGCGGGGGAGAGCAAGAUGUGCCAAUGGAUCCACGAGCACUCCGUAGACUGGAUCCACAAAGCGCCAGCGAUGGUCGGACUUGCACUCAACCUCUUCUUUCUAAUAAGGAUUAUGUGGGUUCUAAUAACAAAACUUAGAUCAGCCAACACCCUCGAGACAGAACAGUACAGGAAAGCGACGAAGGCAUUAUUAGUUCUCAUACCACUAUUGGGCAUCACGAACUUGCUGGUGCUAUGUGGACCAAGCGGAGACUCCUGGUUCGCUCAAGCUUUUGAUUACUCCAGAGCAAUUCUACUAUCUACUCAGGGCUUCACAGUAGCUCUUUUCUACUGCUUCAUGAACACAGAAGUUCGCCACGCGAUCAGGUACCAUGUGGAACGAUGGAAGACCGGACGAACUAUUGGUGGCGGACGAAGGCGAGGCGCGUCGUAUUCUAAAGACUGGUCUCCGCGGUCCAGAACUGAAAGCAUACGGUUAUACCACCAUCCUUCGAAGAGGGAAUCAGCUGCAUCGGAGACGACGACCACCACGUUGCUAGUUCCGCGCCAUUCGCUAGCACCACACCUUGAUGGAAGGCAUUUGCACGCUGACUACAUAACCAGCGGCAGUGCAAGCGGUGAUCAAUCUCCGGUCUGAGGCGAGGGGCGGGGGAGGCUAACGCGCCUGCGCACCCUUCCCGAGGAGGACGUUUCGCAAGAAGCUUCUUUUACCUCUCCCGCCUUCGACUUCCCUUCGACUUCGAUUUCUAACUUCGCGCUUCGAACUUCGGACUCUAAUUUCGAACAAAAUCUUCAUAACUCUCCUAUUGUACAUAACGAGAUUAACAAUUAUCAAAACAGCAUUGAUAAUGAACAAAAAUCUCUGUUAAACGGACCUUUUUUGAUUGCGAACGGAAAAGAAACGUCUGACGUUACACAAAAUAGUUCUAGUAGUUUAAAGAGAAAAUAUUUAGAUUAAGUAGAAUUUGCUUGCAAAAAUUUAUAAAAACUCAACAUUGAAAGUGCUUAUAUAAUUGUAAUAUUAAGUUCAUUUACGAUGUCU